AAUGCAUCCCGAGCCAAACAGGAAGUGACCUUUCGUGAGUUGACUCCAUCCACUGUCGAGAAGCUGCUCGCUUAUUAGUACGUCAGUUCCACGAUUAUGGCCAGCAGUAGAAAAAGACCACAGUCAGAUGAAGAAAAUGAGACAUCAACAGAUGAAGAAGAUUAUGUCCCAUAUAUUCCUAUCAAACAGAGAAAGAAGAUGGAGCUGCAGCAGAUUAAAAAGAGAUUGAUUAUCCAGGAGGAGGACUCAGUCAGUGAUGGAGAAAGUGGAAACAAUGAGGACUCAAGGGGAAGCAAGCAGGAUGAUGAUGAGGAAGAAGAAAUAGGGCCUAAUGCUUACAUUAGCCUUUUAGAUCAACACAGUGAACUGAAGAAGAAAGCAGAAGCUCGCAAGGAAACAGCAAAGGAGAGACUACUCAAAGAGGAGCAAAAGAUUUUAGAAAGUGUUGCUGAAAGCAAAGCUCUAAAGGGUGUUGCUGAGUUGGCUAAAGGCAUUGAAUACAAAGAUCCAAUCAAAACUGGAUGGCGUCCUCCACGACAUAUAAUGAGUCGUCCAGAGUCUAGCCAUGAGAAGCUGCGAAAAAUGUGGCACAUCCUGGUUGAAGGAAACAACUUACCUCCCCCUAUUAAGUCUUUCAGGGAGAUGAAGUUUCCUAAAGCCAUUAUCAACGCACUGAAAAAGAAAGGCAUAGAUAAACCUACACCUAUACAGAUUCAAGGAAUUCCAACAGUGCUGUCAGGGCGUGACAUGAUUGGCAUAGCAUUCACUGGCUCAGGAAAAACGCUGGUCUUCACUUUGCCGCUCAUCAUGUUUUGUUUGGAGCAGGAGAAACGUUUGCCAUUCACAAACAACGAAGGACCAUUUGGCCUUAUCAUUUGCCCCUCUCGAGAGCUUGCCAGACAGACACAUAGUAUCAUCCAGUACUUUGUAGACCAUUUGAAGGCUGAUGGCUUUCCAGCUUUACGCCCUUGUCUCCUUAUUGGUGGGGUGACCAUGAAAGAACAGCUGGAUCUCAUAAAGAGAGGUGUGCACAUUGUGGUGGCGACCCCUGGACGGCUGAUGCUCAUGCUGGAUCGCAAAAUGAUUACUCUUGAUGUGUGCCGCUACCUUUGUCUAGAUGAAGCUGACCGCAUGAUUGACAUGGGUUUUGAAGAAGAUGUGCGCACAAUAUUUUCUUACUUUAAGGCUCAGAGGCAGACUCUGCUGUUCUCAGCUACAAUGCCUAAGAAGAUUCAGAACUUUGCCCGUAGUGCCCUGGUGCAGCCUGUUACCAUUAAUGUAGGACGUGCUGGGGCUGCCAGCCUUGAUGUCAUCCAGGAUGUGGAGUAUGUCAAGCAGGAGGCCAAAAUGGUCUACAUAUUAGAGUGCCUUCAGAAAACGCCACCACCAGUACUGAUUUUUGCUGAGAAGAAACAAGACGUUGAUGCCAUUCACGAGUACCUGCUGCUGAAGGGUGUGGAGGCAGUAGCCAUUCAUGGAGGAAAAGAUCAGGAUGAGCGAAUACGUUCAGUUGAACAGUUCAGAAAUGCUGAGAAGGAUGUGCUUGUGGCUACAGACGUGGCUUCCAAGGGUCUUGAUUUUCCUGACAUUCAGCAUGUCAUCAACUAUGACAUGCCAGAAGACAUAGAAAACUAUGUGCACAGAAUAGGUCGCACUGGCCGUUGUGGAAAAACUGGAAUGGCUACAACAUUUGUUAACAAAACAGUUGAGGAGUCAGUGCUGCUGGACCUGAAACAUUUGCUGAUAGAAGCCAGACAGAACGUUCCACCCUUCCUAGCAUCAAUGCAGGCUGAUACCGAAACAUAUUUGGAGAUUGGAGGAGAAGUUGGGUGUUCAUACUGUGGUGGUCUUGGUCACCGUAUUGCUAACUGUCCGAAGUUGGAAGCUAUGCAGACCAAACAGGCGCAAAAUAUCGGACGACGAGACUACUUGGCUCACAACAGUGCUGACUGGUAGUAGUCUUUCUGGAAGAACAACAGCUUUAUGAAACCCACCAGUGGUUUGAGCCACUGAAAACUGAAGUGAAAAUGGUGGAGAUCUUUAGAUGAUACAUCUUCUACAGAAAAACUUCAGGUUUUGCAUGUAGAUUUCUCUAGAAAUUCCAAGUAUCAUCUUUCAGGCAUCACUUUUUCUGGCCAGAGCAUAUGGCACAAUGAGCAUCAUUGAAUAAAGUCUGAUGCUGGACUAUGCCUGCAAAAAUCCCGUGAUUAGAACUGUGAUUGUGUUGCUACGUCUUGAGUUUAAAUGACUCAUUAUUUUGAUAAUUCCAGCAAUUUCACAUUUGUGUGCCAGGAUAGGUAUGUGUGGAAUCUUGUGUGUGUGUGUAAAAAGGGGCGUAUAUGUUCUGUUAUUUUGGAAAAAAUACAAUGUACAGCAUGAAACUUCCUUCAGUGCUGUCUGUUGACACAAUAAAUUCUUUUAACAUAAACACAAAGAAAA